AUGCACGAGGAAAGAGUGGAAAUGUAUCUUGAGGAUGAGCCAAAGCUUUUGCCGGUCAACACCAACACACUGUUACAAAGAUAUGUCGAUAAGCUACAAUCAACCGGAAAUUGUUGCAUGGGGGCUAAUGUCGAAGAUCUCAUGGAAGAAGUCGAACUGCUUGAAAAUUAUCAUCCAUCUAAUGAUAAUUCCCAGUGCUUCAGUCGCAAAAUCUCUCCUCUAAUAGACUUCCUGACCAUUUGCGGACCUGCCGUAGAUAUGGUGAUUCAAUGUCAUCCAACUUCAUCUGCUCUAGUAUGGAGUGCAACGAAAGCCUUGCUGGAGAUUGGACGUACCUCAGUUCGUCAUUAUCAAUUGGUUUCGAGGAUCAUCUUGAAAAUCACCAAUAUCGUAGAUAUUUCUAUCCAUUACGAAGUCAUAUUUGGGAGCGAGCCGCGGGUAUCCAAUGCUCUUACGGACGUGUAUUUCGAAAUCCUUGUUUUCCUGAGAAGUGUUCGCGCGGCUUUUUCCAAAGACACAUUCAAGCUUGUCCGCACAGUAUUGAAAACUCUCGAUGCGGAGUUUUCUAAUCACGUUCGACGGCUUGCACAGGCCACCACAAUAUUAUCCCAGGAAGCUAGGAUUGCAUAUAAACAGUAUGCAGAAUUUUAUGCUGUAAUGCAACCCGAGGCGAGAGAAAAUGGCGCCGUAGAAAUGUCUUUCUCUCCAGAGAACAAGGAUGCAGAUAUUAGGACACAGGUAAUGACUUGGUUGUCCCCAGGCGAAUACUAUGAGAGUUUGUAUCAGGCCUGCGCUAAACGAUCGGCAAAUACAGGCCAAUGGCUCCUAACUGAAGCAAGCCUUCAAAACUGGCUGAAUGGGGUGUCAGACCCGGUACUGUGGUGCUAUGGUUCCCCUGGGUGCGGGAAGACGAUUCUCAGUGCCACAAUUAUUCAGUAUUUACAAGACUAUUACGCAUCCACCCCCACAGUAUUCUUUCACUGUAGCUCAACAGACAAAUUGAAACAAUCCCAGGAAAGCAUAUAUAUCAGUCUUUUGGGUCAAAUCAUAGCACAGACGACCAAUAUUCCACAGGCACUAAUAUCUGCAUAUUUCUUCGCCGAACGAUAUGGAAGAUGUCGCAUCUCCGUCGCCGACAGGAUUCCGGAACUGCUUGCAGAAGUCCUUCGUGAAUUACCAGCGCUGAAUAUCAUCAUAGAUGGCAUCGACGAAUGUGAAUCCGAAGAUAUGUUGGGUAUCUUGCGGUUACUCAAUGGCAUUUCCCGAGAUAGCAAUUCUAUACGUCUAUUAUUCUUUUCGCGGGAUAUCCUGCCCGUACGCAAAGAAUUGGGAAUGCUGCCAUCGAUCCACAUCAACACGACUGCUGUUCAGUCAGACAUCGAUCGGUAUCUAAGAGAGGCCAUCGAGACCCUUCCUUGUACGGAAUCUCAUUUGAAACAGUAUGUCUAUAAUAUACUAUCCCAAAAAGCAGCGGGUAUGUUCUUGUUCGCACGACUUGGUAUGGAAACACUGCAAGCAACAUUUAGUACCCAGGAUAUGCUAGCUUCAUUGGACAGGCUUCCAACAGGACUUUACAAUGUAUACGGACAAAUUCUGGAACGUUUAGCAUCCAAUUCAUUUACAGGUCAAUCUUUGGCACGACGAACAUUCAGUUGGGUGUGUAGAGCUUCCAGACCACUCAACUGGCUUGAGUUGCAAUGCGCAUUAUCGUGGGACGAAGAAAGAAUGAUCUUUGACGGAAAUGCUGCACCUUCUAAGGACUCGGUACUAGAAGUGUGUUGUCCCUUGGUCGAGUAUAGACCUGAAUCAGACACAUUCCAUCUUGGCCAUUUAUCAGUCUACGAAUAUCUUCACGAUCACUCCAACUUUGUUUUGUUGUCAUCUCAAGCAGCCGGCUUUCUUCUCGAGGAGAAAUACUCACACCUUGGACUCGCCCAAGCGACGUUAACAUACCUAAGUAAAUCGGGAAUCGCCGAAUCGAUAAUCUUGAACUCGCAGCAGUAUCCUUUAGCAAAAUAUGCCACGGAAAAUUGGUGCUACCAUCUCUCAUUAUCUGUCUACGAUGUUAAGCUGCAUCGCCAAUAUGAGAAAUUUGUUGCAUCGGAAACUCGACGAUCGGCUUGGAUCACAAGAUCAUUAUUAUCAGAGGAUCUACCAUUUCCCAUGCAUCGAAUAGCCAAACUCCAAAGACUUGUUCAGACCUGGACAAAUCAAUCCGGUCCCCCUGGAAAACAAACCGCCGAAGACUUGAUGGAUAUUCAAAAAGCUUUGUUUCGUCUAGACGACUUUAUACAAUCACAACGUCGAGGAGGACCGGGGAAUAUCAAUAUUAUCUCUAAUUUCGAAAGAUCAAUGAUUAUUCGAGAUCUUGCUAGGUUAUAUACUAUGAGUGGCCAAAUAGAUAUGGGAGUACGUGUUUUUGAGGAAGAGAUCACAAAGACUGGAGGUACCAAUUCAGGAAAAGCGUCAAAGACAUGGCUACUAAAUAGUCUUGGAAUUCUUUACGACCAGCAAGGUCGCUUUCGACUUGCGGAAGCUGUACAACGUCAAGCACUAGCUGUACAACAUCGUUUCCUCCCCCACAACCACCUCGACAUAAUAAUAACCAUUAAUGAACUCGGACGCGUCUGCCGACACCUCCAAAAACACCCCGAAGCAGAAUCCCUACAUCUGCGCGCCCUCCGUACCCUAGACCCUCUCUUCCCCCCCACCGACCACCACAUAACCUGGACCCAAAACGCCCUCGCACGCUGCUACCGCUCUCCCUCCCGCUCUCCACCUCUCCCCCUCGAAGCCCUCGCCCUCCACACCUGCGCCUACAAUUCCAUGGUCUCCACGCUAGGGCCCCUACAUCCACAUGCUAUCUGGACGCUUUCCGAUACAGCACGCUGUCUCAACCAAUUAGGGAGAAUAGACGAGGCGUUUGAAGUCAGGAAAUUGGUGCUACAGCAGAGAAUGCAGGUUAAUGGGGAUAUGCAUGCGGAUACGUUGUGGGCGAUGAAUUCGUUGGGACUGUGUUUUGAGGGGAGAGGAGAGUUGCUGGAGGCGGGGAGGUGGCAUGGUAGGGCGUAUGAGGGGCAGGUGCAGAUUUUUGGGGUGGAGCAUGCGCAUGUGAAGUGGAGCUUGGGGGCUUUGGGGAGAACGGGGGGAUUGUGUUAG